GUUCCCUUGAGCCACUUCAUCAGCUGGAUGUUCCGCACCUUUGAGGACAAGAUAGAGGAAUGGACGACUGACGAUGAGUUGGAAAGCUUCUCAUCGGCGCUGCCGCCAGGAACCGAGAAGCUCACGCUGAGCUUCGUUUGCCCAGACAAAUUCACCGACACAGCUCUGAGCCACAUCGGGGCAGGCUUGCCAGGCACGUUGCAGAAGUUGGCCCUGGCCUUUGAGUUCUCGUGGACAGAAUGCAAGAUCACAUGCGUCGGCUUUGCCAAAUUGGCGGAAGGUUUGCCCAAGGGUCUGACUUCGCUCGAUCUGAUCAUCAGAAACGAUGAGCUUCCAGACAAGGCGCUUGAAAGUUUGGCUGCCAAACUGCCGUCCACAUUGACAAGGGUAAUGCUCAGUUUCAAAGACAACGCCGAGUUCACAGACAAAGGGCUUUGUGCGCUCAUAUCCAGCUUUCCUGCUACUCUACUGGAGCUCAUCCUCAAUGUUGAUGCCAACCCACAGUUGACGGACACUACCCUCAAGGCGUUUGCCGGCUGGUUGAGCAGCUCUGGCUCUGGUUUGCAGAA